AUGGCAGGUAGCAGGAACCUGGCGGUGAAACCGAAAAACUCCAUCGACAGACUCAUCGUCGACAAGCUCGAGGCGAUUUGGAAGGAUAAAGGAAAGAAUUGGACGGGUAAAAUGCAAGAUGAAUAUCGUCGACUGGCCAUGCUGGCGACGGUGAGCAUCCACAAACACACGCCUCGCAAGCACCGCAUCUCCCGUCCGAUGAUGAAGGGAGAGCGUCCACCGUCAGCUGCUGAAUACGUGAUUAUGGAAGUCAUGUUUGGACAAUCGGCAUUCCAGGAACAGGCUUGGUGGGAACAUUUUAGGCGCCUGCACAAAGACGUAGCGGAUUUCUCGCAUGGACCGGUGGUGCCGGCGAAUGCGAAGCAGCUGUUGCAGAAAGAGGGAAAACGCCAUGGGAUCAAGGCCGAGGAGGCUACGCGGGUUUCGGGCCCGCAGAUGGCAGCGAAUGCUGCAAAGGUGAAUCGGUCGUUGCUUGGUGAAACGCAAGCGGUCAUCGACGUCAAGACGGUUCCGAUGGAGGCGCAAGGCAGCAAGAUGGCCACGGCGGACUCUACAAGGCUGCCCCCUCUCAUCGGCUCUGGCCAUGGACGUGGCAAGGGAACAGCGUUGGCCGACGUUCGGAGCCGUCGGGCCAUUCCAACAACCGCCCUCUCGGGCUGUUUCAUGGAAGAAGGCAUCGAUGCGGCCGACCAGGCGAUGGGAGGGUCUGCAGACAACUGCGAAAGGCCAAGCUCUGGCUUCGACGCGUUUCGUACGAGCCAGUGCACCGACGAAACGCAGGGUGAGGAUGGCUUGUGGGAGCUGCUGUCCAAAGCGGCGGUCAAAGAAGCCGGUUCGGGAGCGGGUUGCUUGACAAGACUGGCAGAGUGUGAGGCGGCAUUAGCAUCCCAUGAAAGCCGAGCGGAAGAGCUGGCGGUGCGGGUGGGAUGGCUGGAAGAGAAGAUGGACGCGUCCGAAAGAGCUCUGGCGGAGGAAGUUGGCCACUGGCACAAGAAGGACCAGGAGCAGGCAGCGAAGAUGAAGCGCAUGGAAGAACGGCUGCGGAUGGUCGGCGAGCUUCUCGCAGAGCAGCUCAAGGGUGGCUGCUGA